AGCCAGCCUCGGAAGAAUCCACUAACCCUGAGAGGGUUUUUGUUGUCUGCAUGGAAAGCAUCGUAGCAUUUUACAAGUCCCUUAUUAACAUUUAAGCUAAAGCACUUCCUUUGAAUAAUCACACGGGUGAUUUGAAAAAGUAAGCAGUGAGUUUUUUUUCGCGGAGAUGCAUGAAGCUAAUCGUGGAAUCAUCCGCUGAUACUGUUGACAAGUUGAACGAGUGCUGCUGCUGCUUCUGCUGCUGUCCCUACAACUCACUCACAGAAAGAAGACAGCUGCUGUGUCGAGCAGAGGUUCUUGGGAGGAGAGCUCCAGUUCCAGUCAGCCCUCUCUAACAGCCUUAAACCUUCACGUCCACACGCUCACCCACUGCCUGGCUGACAUCAAAGCCAGUUCUUGCUCUCUUGCUCUCUCUUUGCCUCCCGCUGGGCACAUCUCCUCCUGUCUGUCCUUAUAGGGGGAUGUCUGUCCUCUAACUGCCUAUCUCUCCACUAACUGCUAGCAUAUAAUUUUGGGUGCUGCUAUGGAAGAAUAUGACGUGCCGUCAGCCGCCAGUAUCCUGGCAUCAGUCAAAGAGCAGGAGGCGCGCUUCGAGCGUCUGACCAGGGCCCUUGAAGAGGAACGCCGCAAUGUCUCCUUGCAGCUGGAACGCGGCAGUCUGCCCUCUGAACGACUGGUGGGCGGCACCACGGGUGGGAGCAACCAACCGCUGGCCUGGCAACAGAUGGUCAUGCAGGAGCAGAGCCCCAGUAACCAGACGUCACUGGCCAUGAUGCAGGAGCCCCAGGAGGUUGUGGAGGAGACUGUAACCAUAGAAGAAGACCCUGGCACACCCACUUCGCAUGUUUCGGUGGUUACCUCAGAGGAUGGGACUACACGCCGCACAGAGACUAAGGACAAUGUGACUAAUAUGAAGGUCACUAAAAUGGUCAAGACGGUGACAACACGAACAGUGCGACAGGUGCCGCUGGGUCCCGAUGGCCUUCCUCUUCCAGAGGGUUCUUCUCCACUGGGAAGCUACACUGACUCCAUUGAUCGGCGCUACAUGAAGAACGGCGAACGCUUCAUCACACCCCAGGCCACUUCCACCCUCACACGCUCCUACAACAAUUACAGCGACUCCUACAAUGACACUCCAGACAGUCAGUUUCGCCAUUACGCUCUUCACGAUGGAUACGGAGACGUGCCGGACAACUACGGAAGUCUGACUCGAGUCAAUUACAGGCCCUAUCGGCCCUACAUGCCCACCGGUGGAUACAGACCGGAGAACAGCUACACUCUUCCCAUCCGCAAGGAUGACUAUGGCCAUGUGGCCCAGCCUCAAGUUCCAAUGGGAAGUAGCACUGUGGAUCUCAAUCGCUCUCAGCCCGAGCGCUUCCAACCCGAACCCUACGGACUGGAAGACGACCGCCGCAGUCUCGGCCCAGAUGACGAAGAGCCGUACGACCUAGAGCCUGAUUAUUCCACGGCUAACCGCCGCACGCUGCCCGGACGUACCAUUCGAGAGCCAUUGCGCAACGGCCCCCGCGUGAGAGGCUACGAGGACCCCAUAGAGGCCGAAUUAAUCGAUGAAAGACACCCCUAUAUCCAUGGCAUGUACCCAGCACCUCUUGCCCAACCCGAGAGGGGCAGCUUGGCCAGUCUAGACCGCAUGGGCGGCCGUCGCUCCCCCUCGAUUGACAGCAUCCGCAAAGACCCUCGCUGGAGAGAUCCCGACCUGCCUGAGGUCAUCGCCAUGCUAGGCCACCCCAUCGAUCCAGUUAAAUCCAAUGCAGCUGCCUACUUACAGCAUCUCUGCUAUGAAAAUGACAAGAUAAAGAAGGAUGUCAGGCAGCUGAAGGGGAUCCCAGUGCUGGUGGGUUUGCUGGACCACCCUAAAGCAGAAGUCCAUCGCAAGGCCUGCGGAGCUUUGAGAAAUAUCUCCUACGGCAAGGACCACGAUAACAAGGUGGCCAUCAAGAGCUGUGAUGGGAUUCCCGCUCUCAUUCGUUUGCUGAGGAAAACCAAUGACAUGGAAGUUCGGGAACUUAUCACAGGAACACUUUGGAACUUGUCCUCCUAUGAGCCGCUGAAGAUGGUGAUAAUUAACCACGGGCUUCAGACGAUGACUAACGAGGUCAUUAUCCCUCAUUCGGGCUGGGAACAUGAGCCAAAUGAAGACUCAAAGCCACGAGAUGCAGAGUGGACCACCGUCUUCAAGAACACAUCAGGAUGUCUAAGGAAUGUGAGCUCAGACGGUGCAGAGGCGCGCAGAAGGUUGAGAGAGUGUGAGGGGCUGGUAGAUGCCUUGCUGCAUGCGCUGCAGUCUGCUGUGGGAAAGAAGGACAUGGACAACAAAUCUGUGGAGAAUUGUGUUUGCAUCAUGAGGAACCUGUCUUACCACGUGCACAAGGAGGUUCCAGGGGCUGAGAAGUUCCAGGACCCCUCAACUCUGCAGGGCCCUGGCUCUGCUGGCACUCAGAGGAAGAAGAAAGAUGACGCAGGCUGCUUUGGAGGAAAGAAGGCCAAAGAGGAAUGGUUUAAUCAAGGGAGGAAAAAUGGCGAGCAUGACAAAAACUAUGACACGUUGGACCUACCCAAGCGCACAGAACCCACUAAAGGUUUUGAGUUACUGUAUCAGCCGGAGGUGGUCCGACUCUACCUGUCCCUGCUUACAGAAAGCCAGAACUACAACACGCUAGAAGCAGCGGCCGGAGCUCUACAGAACCUCAGCGCUGGACAGUGGACAUGGUCGAACUACAUCCGGGCGACUGUGCGUAAGGAGAAAGGGCUGCCAAUUCUCGUCGAGCUUUUGCGCUCAGACUCAGAUAAGGUGGUGCGAGCUGUGGCCAUCGCUCUGAGGAACCUGUCCAUCGACCGCCGCAACAAAGACCUAAUAGGGAGUUACGCCAUGAGGGACUUGGUCAGCAACUUGCCCAGUGGACAGCAACGGCCAGCCAAGAACCUGGAGGAGGACACAGUGGUGGCCAUCCUCAACACCAUCCAUGAAAUCAUCACUGACAGCUCUGAGAACGCCCGCUCUCUCAUUACUGCUCAAGCAAUCGACAAACUAGUGGCCAUCAACAGGACGAGCCAGUCAGCAAGGGAGACCAAAGCUGCUUCCCAUGUACUACAGACGGUGUGGAGCUAUAAGGAGCUGAGAAACGCCCUGACCAAGGAUGGCUGGAAUAAAACGCACUUCCAGCCGAUAGCAACUGGCACUCCCAAAGGAUCCAAGAGUUGCAAGCCUGGCUACGAUGAUACUACACUCCCCUUGAUGGAGAAGAACCAAGGCAACAGAGGGUGUAGCGGUGGGGAUAUGAUACCUAUGGACGAACUCGGUCCAGAUGGCUAUUCCACGAUUGACCAGAGAGACAAAGACUCCAAGUACAAAAGCAGCGACGGCUCGUCGGAUCUGCAGGAGCGGGAGCCGUUAAAGAAUGACACAAAUAGGAAACACUAUAUCAGGAGCAACAGGCCAACUGUCAGUCUGGUGGAUGCUUGUGAUGUUAAACCUCAGCCUGUUGACUCCUGGGUCUAAAUGCAUGCAUGGCUUAGCUAGCAUCAACGCCACAUCUUACCACACAAGGAUUUCACAAGUCACCACUGCCAUUAAUCGCAGAGCUCACCGUGAUGUGGACUCAUCUGAAGACUUUUGCCUAAAAGAGCGAGAGAAAAACAAACUUUCAUUCAACAGCCAAUAUUUGGAGAUUUCUCAACAAGUGAAAAAGAAAAAAAAUUACCACUUCUCAUAUGUACAUUCCCACUGGACAUAGUGUACCCAGAACUGAAGAUUUGCUGUCACGGAGCCGGAAUGAUGGAUUGAUUUGAGUGUACAGGAAGUGCUGUCAUGGACGUGGACGUGUAUUGGAAGGAAUUGGAUGGAGGGGUAAAAGGAAAUAAGAAAAAACUAUUUUUAUGUCAAAACAAAAAAAUAUAAUUUUUGCCUAUAUUAUUUUUGUUGUACGUUUCUGCCUGAUUACUGUUUGUUUUGUGGAUUUGCUUUCCCCAGAAGUGCAGUGAAUUGUGAAUUUUUUUUUUUUUUUUCCAUUUUGUAGAGUUUUAAUGAAAGUUUGGGUUUUCUAAAAUAGUUGAGGACACUUGUGAAAGGAGGAAAAAACGUUUUUUUUUGUUGUUGAUGUUCAUAACAGUGGUGUGGGGGCACAUACAAAGUCUGGGGCGGGAGGGUCUAUAUUGAAAUGCACGCUUUCGCAAUUUCUGUGUGCUGGCUUUAUAAAGCAACUUUAAAGACAUAUUAUCACUGUGUUUGUUUCUUCUCACUGAGAACUGUUGUUCAAAAGCAGGGAUCCACCCUGCACAGUGACAUCUGCUCAUAGCGGAGCUGAAAGGAGGAGAGCUGCUGUGCUUUCAGCUGGAUUUGGUCUGCUGAUCCUGUAUUCCCCUUGACAUGUCAAGCUGCAGAGGCAUGCUGGGUAACACUGGCACUUACCAGCUAUUGCUUUGUUUUAUUUAAUAAGGGGUAAUGAGGAAAAAAAAAUCUAUUUGUUAAUAUGUAGAUUGCGGAAUGAGGGAUAGUAGGAGGAUUCACUUGCUCCUGUUGUCAUAAAAGUAGAUUUUAAAAGCAUUUUAUAUUUUUGUUGUUUUGUAAAUGUAUAUUAGGUUACAAAGUUCAAAAAAGAGGGCAAAAGAGGUCACAGUCGUCUUUAUAACAUUGAUAGAUGUGAAUCCAUAACAGUUUGUUCAGAGCACAUUAAGUAUUCCGUACAUAAAGCAUGGCCAUGUUUGUAUAAAAAUUAUUAAUAAUAUAAUAAACAGAUCAUUGCUUUAGUUAAAUGUGUAUCAAAGGCUGUAGAGUCAUUCUCAUUGUCUAUUUAUAUUUUAUAUUUUUUUUACAUCUUGUUUCGCUGAAUGGAAGCAUUUAUUUUCAGUGUUCUAUUUUUAAACGGAAAACAUGAUCUGAUUGGCAAAAUUUAAGGAAAGACCCAGAAGAGGAAUCAGGGAUAGAUACUUACUUUAAUUUCAAGUAACUGUUGAGUAAAACAAAAAAUCGUGACAAAUUUGUACUGUUUUCAUUCAUUUAAUUUUAUGUAACUGCAAUUUGGAUAUUACAUUGUGGAUGCUCAAAUGUUCCCACUGUCAAUGUAAAGAAAUCCUUGAUUAUACAUAGAAUUUCUUAUUCAUAACCACAUAGAAAUGGACAAAUGCUGACAUACCGGCAAAUUAUUUUGCGUUUAUUCCAGACGGUUUCCUCAUAAUGCGUAAUAUGCAGCGCACACCUGCUUUAUCAUCUGAUUUCUGUCAUGUGACUCUAUAUCUAACUCUCUAUAGCAAGGUUUUAUUUCUUAGUGUUUUAACAGAGAUUCCUAAUAACAAAAUAACAGUGUAAUAAUUUAAUUUUCAAAGAGGAAAUGUUGUGUACGUCCACAUCGAGAUCUUUAGCCUUGUGUAUUCAUUAUUAAUAUUUGACUGUCUGUUCCUGACUGCCUUUUUGCAGAAUACAACCAAAGGAUUUUGGUACCGCGUAGUACAAGAGGUUCCCAGAGUGUGAAUUUGCAUCAGAUUGUAUAUUUAUAGAAAAACGGAUGUUGAAAUGGAUUCAAGAGAAACCUACCUUUGUAGAUAUCACAAAUUCAAAGCAUCAAAACUCCGUACGUGUACGACUUGGUAGCAAAUGUGUUUGUAACUAUCAUGUGCCUUAACCUUUUUCCAUGUUAGAUGAAAAUAAGUGUGUUUUAUAUGUUUUACUGGUCUCUAACUGCUCUUUCUCUCUCUCUAUCUCCGUCUCUUUCUCUCUCUGUCUCUUUGACAUACAAACACAAACACGCCUCCUCUCUCUCUGGCUCCUCCCACUUUCACUCACUCUGUGUUCUCAAUGUAGUCUAGACUGGUGGUGGGUUUUGCCUUGUAUUACAUUGUAUUAUAAACUUUUAAAAGAUAGACACAUUAAAAGGGUUUGAUUAUAUAGUUGUUAAUGCUUUCCUAGCGCUCAAGAACAAUGCCACAGUGACCGAAUGUAUUGUUAAUUUUACUAAUACCCAGAAGAGAGAAUUGCUCUUGUUAAAGAAAAAUACAGGUUUGUAGAGUAUCACUUUGGUGUGUUUUCAAUAAACCAUGCCUGAAAAGAG